AUGGCCACCACCGCCAACCCCCCCAGCCGCCUCAGCCAAAGCUUCCAAAACCUCGCCUUCUCCGCCCACGGCGACCAAUGGUCCCUCAUGUACAAGGACGGCUUCCACCCCUGGGACCGGGACGGCCCAUCCGACGCCCUGGAGGAGCUGCUCCUCACACGAGACGACCUCGUGCCUCGAGCCCAGGGCCACGACCUGCAGGGGAACCUGGUCCGCCAAACGGCCCUCGUGCCGGGCUGCGGACGCGGCCACGACGUCCUGCUGCUCAGCAAAUUCGGAUACGACGUCGUGGGAUUAGACGUCAGCCCCGACGCCCUGCGCAUGGCCGAGGAGAACAGGCAGAAAGCCGAGGGGACGGGACGAUACGAACCCGAGCCGGGCUUGGAAAGGGGCGACAUCAAAUGGGUUUCGGGCGACUUCUUCUCAGAAGGCGUGCUGGAUGGUUUCGGGACCGACGGUUCUGGCAAAUUCGACUUGAUAUACGACUACACGGUACGGCCCGGCCUGCCCCCCCAACCCCUUCUUCUCCUGCAAGCGACUAACAGCAGCGAACAUCGCAAACAGUUCCUGUGUGCCCUGCCCCCCGAAGCACGCCCCAGAUGGGCCAAACGCAUGUCCGAGCUCCUCCGCCCCUCCGGCCGCCUCGUCUGCCUCGAGUUCCCGUCCGGGAAGCCCCUCUCCGAAAAGGGCCCCCCCUGGGGUGUCACGCCGGAGAUGUACGAGGCGCUACUGAGUGCUCCCGGGGAGGAAAUAUCAUACAAUGCCGACGGGAGCCCCGUGGAGACAACCGCCGCCAAGCCCGACGCCAAUGCAUUGCACCGGUCCGGCUUGAUCAGGCCGGCCAAGACACAUGCCGCGGGUACGAACAAGGACGGGACAGUAUCGGAUUUCAUAUCCGUUUGGAGCCGGUGA